AUGGGAGUAAGUGCUGUGUGGUUCCUCGUUCGUACCGUGUGCUGCGCGGCGGCAAGCGUGCAUGCACUCACCCUCGGCAGAGCACAAGGCGGAACCUCACACAUUUUCCCCUCCUUUUUCGAUGAGGAUGUCCCGCCUGAGAACAGCGAUGGCGCGGACAAGGGUUUUUUCUCUGCCCGCGACAAUAAGAGGUCGGCGGAAGGCGAGGAUAGCGGAGAGGAGCUCCCCCACGAGUCCCCGAAGCCCAAGAAGAAACGGCGAAGGAAACACGUUCCCCCGCGAGUGCCAGACACUGAACUGGACAAAUUCCUGCAUUUUGCUCAAGACAUUCGGCAGGGCCAUAUCGACCCCUCUUGGCAGCCUGUCGUCGAGGGUCCUCCUGUGUCAAUAUGGCAGAGGUUGAUUCCCGGCACGAACGUAUACGACUACGUGGCAAAGGGCGAGUUCGCUGACAUCUCAGCGUCCGCUUACAAUACAACGUUUAAUUACCUUCCGUUCAGAGCUACGUGGGACGACUCUGUUGUCGAGAUUCGCAUCCUUGAAGUGAAUCCUUGCGCAAGCGACUGCUCCAACACAACGCGCCCCGGAGGCGCUCGUGGACCGACCGCGAGGCACGAGCCGUGGGCAUCGCCGAAGGGCGAGGGCGCACGAAAUGACUCGAAACACAGGACAUGCCGAGGAGAAGGAGAAAGUACAUCUCAUUCGGACUCGCGGCACCCUGUGGCGUCGUCCGUGUCCUCCUCUGGGUCUGGCACACAAGACAGAAAUGUGGAGGAGAUCAUUUACUGGCGAGUGAAACUCCCUUGGCCGUUGGUUGAUCGCGAUUUCGUCUACGCGCGCCGCUUUCGAGUCUAUCCCGAUAGCGGCGCCAUCGUUUCAGUCCAACAGGCGACAGUCUCGGGGCAGUGCCCCGAAGGACCCCACGCCGUCCGGGUGGAGAGCUACAAUUCCACCGUGGUGUUGUUCGCCAACAACCAGGAGAACGACCUGAAAAGGCGGGGCGUAUCUUACGUCAUUUACCACUUCGAUGCGAGCAAGACACCCGUACCGCCUUGGGUGAAAAACUUUUUCACAACUCACACUUUACCUCGGACAGUUUCUUCGCUUCAUGACACGGCUAAACAGUUCGUCCGAGAUGACGGCUCGAUCAAGCCUCAAGCAUUCAAGAAGCUACCGAAUCUAAAAUACCACGACGUGCACCAAGAAUCCGGGGAAGACUUCGAGGACGACGAGACAGACGCGAAGGAGGCGCUCGAUGGCGAGAAGUUGGAAAGCGGGAGUACGGGGAAAGAUAAUGCUGGUAAAAAGGGGUUGUCUGAGCACAGUGGAGGGCGGCACGCACCGGAAGAACAAGCAUCGGAUGCGCUAGAGCCAAGGCGGGGCGACGCCGGUCCUACAGGCCAGCGCUCGCCGUCGAAGAGACUUGAAAAACAGACGGUCCUGCCAUCAGAACCAGAAGGCCAGCAGGCCGCGAGUAAGAGUGGAGACACCAGCGCGACGGCGGAACCGGGGAACUAUACGGAAGCGCCGGAGCAGGGUCGUGGUAUCGAAGACGAAGCAGUCGCGACUGCCGAUGGUGCAGGAAUGAUGGAGCGCCGCGCCACCUUAAACGGAGGUGCCCUGCCAAAUGACGAGCAAGCUAUAGCGGAGGCCUACGAUGCUAUCUGGAAGGGAAUUCCUGUUGCCGGCGAUAGGGCCAGUUCGCUGGGCACUAACCGUGUGGGGGACGAUCAGGGCAGGUGCGGACUCCGCUGUCGAGGCCUCAAGGCUUGUGUUGACUCGUUGUCGAGAUUCGUACGGCCUCACAAGCAAAAUACAAGCCCUCUGGCGCCGCAUGCAGGUUCGCACAGUGCACACAACUCAUUCGAGAACUCGGCUGCCCCCGAGGCGCUGGGAGAGAUUCGGCCGCCGCGUCGACCGCCUUCAUGGUGUGCACCUCUCCCAGGAGUCUUGGUGGCCCGAAAAAUCCCAGUCUCGCUCCGUCGUGCCAGUUCGUUGGGAGUCAUUUCGUUUGUUUCGCCGGUUGCAAGAGCUGCCCAAGCCUUGUGUAUUGUGUUGAAUGCCCAGACGGAGGCAAGACAGAGUCCCCUCCUUCUUCGGCCGUCGUUAGCGUGGCCCUGGUGGGCGCCACCGAAGUCCGCGACCGCCAUAGGCGAUUCUCUCUAUGAGGCCCGCGGGUGCUCCCGCCACAUGCGAAACAAGCAAGCAAAAGCCCUUCCCCGGCGGGACGGGGGGGCGUGGGAUAAAGAAGAUGUGACUCCUGAGGAACGAAUGAGACGUCAAGGCGUCCUGAGUCUUCGGACGUAUGCGGCCGUGGAGGCACUGCGGUGGGCAACCCGUCUAAGUGAACUUGACGAGGGAGGAGACAGAGGUGAGAUAAAUGCAGCAGCGCACAACAAGAAAAAGGAAGGGCAGUCGCGUCGCGGUUGGAUUGACUCGUUUUUGGUUGACCUGCGGGAGGAUUCGUGGCCUCCUACUCUUUUGUCGUCUGUUCCUUUUCAGAGGGUACACGUGAAUCACUGA